GGUGGGCAGGGAGCGUUCCCCCGCAGCGAGUGCCACCAGGGGAUGUGUUGUGGAGACUAAGGUUCUCUCUCUGCUGGAGACUUAAUCUUCAUCAAUCAAGGUUUCUCUGCAGCCUGCGCCUAAAUCACCUCCAUGAGUUUCCUUAUCCCUGACUGGGGUGAUGGGGACGCGUUCUCUUAUCAUAAUGAGUUAGAUUUACCAGGAUCGUCGGCAUUAACCACAGAGCCUUUUAAAAGUAAAUCAACAAAAUUGAAGAAGAAACAGAAAAAUAAAAUAAAAUGCAAUCAAAUCCCUCUGCAAAUUCCAAAGAAAAUACAAACAAAUGAGACUAGUAAUAGUUUGAACCCAUGUGAUGUGGAUCUCAAUGACAGUCAAAAUGAUUCUUUGUUGUUCCCAAGAAACUCAUCCAAAAAGAGAGCAGAUAAAAAGAAAAAGAAUAAGAUGAAGCAGGGACUUGAAUUUAAAGUCGGUGAGGAGGGAAACAAAAUUUUUGGUAAUUCAGAGAAUACCGUAGAAAAUGAGAGCACCGAGACAAUGACUACAAAUGGCAAUACAAAUCCAAAUAUAUAUAAUAAUGAACAUUUAAUAAAAAGAGUUGCUGAAAAGAAGAAAAAGAGAAAUAGAAAUAAAUACAAAGAAAUUAAUGCUAAUCAGAAGAAAGAACAGAAGUUUGAAGAAAGCAAUCUGUCAAGUACUAGUAAUGAAUAUGCAACAGGGAUAUGUGCAGUAAAUGGUGACUUAUCAACUAAUGCAACUGCAAUCUCAGAAUAUUUUGUUACUGAUGAUAAAGAAAGUCACAAAGCAAAAGAAAAAGUCAGAAGUAAACACCAAGCCAGCAAUAUGAAUAAGACAAGUAAGAUUCGUUCAAAAAAUAUUAUGAGACACUCUAAUGUAACUGAAAUUGAAAUAGAUAAUCAAAUGAUUCCAAAUGAAUGUAAUGAAAAUACACUUAAAAUUGAAAACAUUAAACUCCAAAAGAGUAAGAAAAAUAAGAGAAUUAAAGAAAGUAAGAAUUAUGUAGAGUCCACAAAAAAGAAAAUUGAAGAAAAAAAAUUGUCCUCUGAAAUAGAAAAUUCUAUAAAAGAUAAUGAUUGUAACGAAUUAGGAAGUAAGCAAAAAAAGAAAAAGAAAAAAAACAAAGCUAAAGAAACCGUCAAAGAAUUAAAGUUCGAGUCCAAUGAUGAAGACUGUGACCCCAAUUUUCAAUCAGAUUUUGAGACUUUGCUGAAGAAAUUAGAUUUUGACAAUGUUAAUGUUUCACAACCAAUAAAACGGAAAAGGAUGUAUUUGAAUGAUAGUUCUAUAAUCUCAAGAGAAAAUGAAAAUAUAAAUGAUUGUAAUAAAAAUUCAGAACUUAGUGAAGAGGAUAAUAUUAGAAGUUCAGAGAGUGAAGAUGAUAAUGCUUUUGAAUAUGACAGGGACAAUUUGGAGACAAAGAAACAGAACAAAGACAUGAAGUUAUAUGACCAUAAACAUAAUGAAAAUGCAGUAUAUGAAAAAAAGAAAAAGACUAUUAAAGAACAAAAAAUUAUCAAAGACAAAAAACAAGUUAAAACAGAUUCCUGUGAAACCUCGAGUCCCAAAAUACAUAAUAAAGGUAAAAAAUUUGACAAGGGCAAGCUAGCUCAGAUGCUCGAAGAGGCAAAAGUUACAAAAGAAACAAAACCAUUAGAACUUAGCCCAGCAGAAGCUUUAAAGCAGAAGAUGACUGAUCAACUGACUGCUGCAAGAUUCAGAAUGGUGAAUGAGGCCUUGUAUACAAGCAGUAGUGCUGAAGCUGUCAGGAUGUUCAAAAAUGAUCAUGAAUCUUUUAAAACUUACCAUGCUGGCUAUCAGGCACAAGUCAGACACUGGCCAGUCAGCCCUCAGGAUAUUAUUGUGAAGUGGCUUUGCAAAAAGCCAAAGGAAUGGGUAGUGGCUGAUUUUGGUUGUGGUGAAGCUGCUCUGGCUCUCCGUGUACCCCAGCAGAAAGUUCAUUCCCUUGACUUGGUUGCAGUAAACUCAAGAGUUACAGCAUGUGACAUGGCACAUUCACCACUGCAAUCGGCUGCUGUAGAUGUUGUUGUAUUUUGCCUCUCUCUUAUGUGUACCAACAUAAAGGAUUUCAUUUUGGAGGCUAAUAGAGUUUUGAAAGAAGGAGGAGUUAUGAAAAUUGCUGAAGUGGAGAGUCGAUUUGGAGAUGUUCAAGAGUUUGUGAAUGUGUUAAAAAAGUUUGGAUUCCAUUGUGUACAUAAGGACACUAAUGGAAAAUACUUUUUUUUAUUUGAAUUUAAGAAGAAUCGAAAACUGAAGAAGACAACAGUGCUUCCUGAUAUUAUUCUUAAACCUUGCAUUUAUAAAAAAAGAUAGCUUAAAAUAUAGUAUUAUAAAUAUUAUUCCAAUGCAUUUGUUAUUGCAUAUCAAAAUUUGAUAUAGGCUACACAACGUUUCAUAGGUAAUUGUUUUUAUUCUGUAUAACAUUUACAAAGCUGGAUUGUGCAUUUGUUUUAAUGAAUAAUUUUAUAUUGAUAUGAUGAUACUGUAUAGUAGGUUAGAUUGAGAAAUCUUAUGAAUUUAUUUAUACUGUGUUUUGUGUCUAAUUGCACAAGUUUCUAUGAUCUAUGAUAAAAACAAUGUAUCAUGUGUAAUUACUGUAUAAAUAUUUUCUAUUUUGA